AUGUAUAACGCAAAAAUGAACCCGCAAUGUUCAAAAUGUAAGGCAGCAAUUAGGAAAUAUAACUACUCAGUCAAAGAGAUAGAAAGAAUGAGAAACGACUAUGCAGACUUAAAGAAAGAAGCAGAAAAGCCAGCAGAAGAUAAAAUGAACAUGUUAGAAUUUCUGAACAAAAACUAUCCAACAGCAGAAGAUUUCCUUCUAUCUGACGUCAAGAAGAAGUAUAAAGAAACCUUCGGUAUUGUUAAAACUUUUGACAUACUGACAGAAGAAAUAGAAGCUACGAAAUUGUUUAGGAUUUCAAAUAUACAUCGUACAAUUCAUGUAAAACGCUUGUGA